AUGAUGAGAAAGAACUUGAACUCAAACGACGUCAGCCAGCCGCAUUCUACUACAACAUUGGACACAAACCCGGCAUCGUACGGUACGGUGCGUAACCCCCUGCAUUCAGUGGUUGGGCCUACGGGUUACGGAGCACAACCACCCAUAUCGUCUCCAGCGACUUGGGUGAACAACCAUUCGGCAGCCUUUGCCGCCCAGGGCCUGGGACCACACUGUGGAGCCCCCGGCGGUAGACCCUUCCCAGUGGUGCGUGGUUCAACGAAUCGCGGAGAUUCAUAUACAGAGCUUCAAUGCCCAGUGGCAGGGUCAGGGCCAACCAACCCGUAUGGGAAUCGAACCGCGAUCGACAAACUUCCUGGCUUGGAGGGCGGCCGAUUUGAUUGUGGAGGAGCCGGUCAGCGGCGCGGCCCAUUACUCGGGGUAUCGGGGGACCUCUAUGGCGUGACAGGAAUCAGUAAUUCCACAUCCAGAGGAAACGAUCGACACAACGGAUCCAUGUAUGGCACGAACCCCACGUACAGCAAGACCUCGAGAACGGGUUCCAUGUAUGGCAUGGGUUCCAUGUAUGGCAGAACAUCGAGAAUAGGUUCCAUGUAUGGCAUGGGUUCCAUGUAUGGCAGAACAUCAAGAACAGGUUCCAUGUAUGGCAUGGGUUCCAUGUAUGGCAGAACAUCGAGAAUAGGUUCCAUGUAUGGCAGAACAUCGAGAAUAGGUUCCAUGUAUGGCAGAACAUCAGGAACAGGUUCCAUGUAUGGGAUGGGCUCAAUUUAUGGCAUGGGUUCCAUGUAUGGCAGAACAUCAAGAACAGGUUCCAUGUAUGGUCCGCGGAUGGAAUAUGGCCCGAUAUACGGCGUGGGAGGGCCCAUGGGUUCCAUGUACGGUCCGCAGAUGGGAUACGGCCCGAUAUACGGUGUGGGAGGGCCCACGGGUUCCAUGUACGGUCCGCAGAUGGGAUACGGCCCGAUAUACUGUGUGGGGCCCAUGUACGGCCGACCAUCGAGGACAGAUUCCGUGUACGGUCCGCAGAUGGGACACGGCCCGAUGUACUGUGUGGGAGGGCUGCUCUACAACAAAGCAUUUCAGGAGGGUGACCCAGGCCGAGGCCCCACCGUACCUAAAUCCGCGCCGUGCAACUCCAGCACUCCUUCCGCAGGAGUUACAACAAAGCCUGAUGCGGAACCGGACAGGGAAGAGAAGGAGCCACGCGUUACUGGCGGAAAGAAGCCUACCACUUUCACCAACAAAGGACCCGCUGCCGAGACCGCCAAGAAACCCUGCGACCUGGAUUCUGGAAACGGGAAAGUAAAACACUCUCCUGUUGCUCAGGUUCCGCCUGACAACAGCGUUCGCACACUAAUGGUGGUGAGCAGUGAGGCAGGACCGCAAGUAACAAUAAAAGAGGAGGAGCGGAAGGUGGGCGUGGCGAGCAGUGGCGAGGAGGUCGUUUACUACGAAGGUGACGAGGUCGUGCACGGGGAUGAGAUCACUGUGGAAAAGUCUGCACUUCUACAAAUGAUCGUCCAGCAGGUGGAACUGGGCCACAACACCGCUCUCAUUUUGUCCGACAGUACACCGCAGCAGACUCUCUCUGCGUGCGUCACUACAUCCGUAAUGAAAUCCAUAUUGGCGGCACUCAGGAAGGGUGAGACGGAAAAUGGAACCAAAUACGAGGUUUUGGCGACUGCAGCGGAUGUGCCAACGAUCGCGACCGCCAGAGAUCUUCUGGCCGUGGAGAGCGAGGCAGUGAAAAUUGCUCGAUAUGGCUCCAAUCCCAUGUUGGGUGCGUGCCUGAUGGACCUGCAGGAGACAGUGCUACGGGACGAUGCUGAUGUCGAUGUGUUUGUACAAGAGGCACUGAAAAAGUCAUCGGGCACUGCGGCAUUGGGUGUUAUGCAUGCGACGUUGAAGCAGAUCAGAAAAACCAGCAGCGCUGCACCUACGGUGUACGUCUCCUCUUUCGUAUGCCUGUUCGUGAAGGAUGGGGUCGAACACCUCCAAGAUCUUCUUGACAUGAAUGGGAAGGUUGUGCCUCUCCCACUUGCGAAGAGUGUUUUGGGCGGAGGCAGCUGUGUGGUUGCCGUGGUUGGUGCAUCAGGUAAGGACGUGGCAGUGGACGCGAAGAUCCUGAGCAACACCGCUGCGCUGCGGGGGGUAAAAAACACACCGCCACGGAGUGGUAACGUCGCCCGUUUUGUUGAGUUUGCGGAGACCCAGUUCACGGAAUGUAAAGCUGCCAUUGAACGUUCGAAGGAAGCGGCGGAGCGAGAGCGCCACGAGCGGACGCUUCGGAGGUUGGAGAUCAUGCUCUCGGACGCGCGGAAGCUGCUGUCGGACCCUGAGGAGACGCGGGCAAAAGUGUAUCCACCAAGCCGAGAGUCAGUGAAGAACGGCUCUGUCGAGAACGAUGGCGGGAAUGUGAGAAAUGGUGCCUCCAUAGAGGAUGACAGACCCAGCGCCGCCACGUUAGCACCAGCUCCCGCGUCUGCUGAUUCUCUGACCGAGCCAAAGGAGCAGGAGGUGAUUGGGGCUCCUGCCCCAGCACACACCACAGAACCGUGGGAAAAGACCGCCAAAAUCAUUGUAACUGCGGGGUCGGGGCCCUCGAACGGCACCGCUGAGGUUGUUGCAGGAGGCGAGAAGAAAACUGACGAAGUUGAUGAAUAUAUCCAACGCACCGGCGUAAGACCUGUGGAUUCCGUUAUUGCAAAGCGUAUGGAGGGUAUUCUUACCCAAGGAUACAACGUAGCCCUCUUGUCUGCGGAGAUGGUGCCUGACGAAGUUACAGGGGAUCAGGUGACAUGGAGUCUCGUGAAGGCGAUCCUGAAGGGUGCACUAAGCAAAAAGGAUGGCGUAACAAAUGAGUGUACCCUGCAGAUGAGCAUCCUCAGAGGUGACAAAGUCGUGCUGGACCUGCUUGGAUCGUCAGAAAAGCGACAGCUUGUUGUCGCAAGGUCUCCAAUAUUUGGUGUGACGGUACAGGGAGCUACAACAAAGGUGGUGGGGAGUGCGGUACAAGUGGAACCUGUGCUCGAGGCCGCUUUGAUGGAGGCGAAAGAUGCCUUUAAGGACAGUGGAUAUAUUGUCUUCACGGCAGUGCUGAAGCAGGUAACCGCCGCUGAUGUAAGCGUUUCGUCAUUAUUUGUCGUGAGCGCUCCCGACAUGCAGCCGUUCGUGGAUGCGCUGGAGAAAAAGGAGACGCAUCCGCAUGCAUUGUUCGCGCACGCACUCCUGGGUCCGUGUUCGUGUGCCCUACUCGUCAGCUAUCGGGAUGUGGAUGACAAUGUACUUAAGGCUCUUGACGCGCACCGUGAAAUAACGCUGAAGAACAACAAGCAACCGGGUGGAAGCGUCAGAAAGUUUGUUGGCGUGGUGGAGCAGUCCAUAACGGCUGCUGAAGAGAAACUAAAGAGUGUGGAUGAUGCAAAGGAGAGGGAGCGACAUGAGCAAGUCUUGCGCGACAAGAAACAGGCUCUGCACGACGCACAAAAACUUCUGGAAAAGCCCAACGAAACACAGCCCGUCGCGUACGUUCCGUCGAUAUCCCAGGAGUCCGGAGGGGCCGAUUCCACUGUUCGCGUGGUCGCAGUCCUCACCGAUAAGCGUGAUGGAAAGAAGCGCAAUGUUAUUGCCAAGGACAACGGGUUCACGAUCAAAACUUCUGUGGAGGAAACGGAGUUCCCAGCUGAUGAGGUGGUGAGGCGCAUAGGUCAGGCAGCGAAAAUCCGUUCAUCUUCGGUCGAUUUUCUCAUUGAUCACUUUGUAAAGGGGUACAACGUCGCCCUCCUCACGGCCGAUGUCGAUGGUUUCUCGACAGGAGAGAACCUGUUGGAACACACGGUCCGCAGCGUCUUCACGAAGAAAAAUGCGGACGGAGAACUGUUUGUUGUGCUUGCUUCUAUCAAGGCUGAUUGCUGCUCAGCGAAGGAUCUGCAACGCGAUGGCGCUACGUACGACCAACUGCAGUGCGCUUCUUCACCACUGUUCGGGCCCUGUGUUGCUGAUGCGAAGUUUGAACUUGCGACAACUCCGGAUACGCUGCUGCGGAAAGUGAGGUCCGCCAUUCAGGUAUGCGAGGCAGACAAAUCUACGCUUUUGUGUCUUUUUGUUUACAAGGAGCGGAAGCCCGCGGAUGGUGACGUCUUCCUGUCUUCAUUUUUCUUUUUCCUAGCCGGGAGUAGAGUGGAUAUUUACACUCAAGCUCUGGAGAAGCGUCAGAAGGAACGGGGUCUGUUCCAGUAUGCGCUUGGUGGUCCAUGCCUCACUGCCUUCGCCCUCGGUCUCUCGACGAGUAACAGCGAUGUUGAAACAGCCACAGCCUUCGUUAGGCUGGCAAAAAAAGUUCGCGGGAGUAAAAUCGGCACCAUCCGCACUGGUGGUAUACAACGCUUUGUGGCCUUCUCGACAAAGGCCCUUGAACAACUACGCGUCUUGCAGGAGAAGGCACCGGAGAGUGACAGGGGGCGACUCAGAGAGAGCAGUACGAACGUGGAAAAGGUGCUUGCUGACGCAGAGGAACUCUUGCGCAACCCAGAAGGUCGUGCACCACCACUCUACAAGCAAGAGCGAUAA